GGUGCCCUGUCUCUUAAGCUGCUGUCUUGGGGUGUUGUCAGUUUCGGGUAUAGCUGACUUUCACCAUCAGGGUCCAUUUGGUAAACAUUUGUAUCAGGCUCCUCGGUGGACAGCGACUGGUAAUCCUAUAACAGGAACUGAUUAAUAGUUUGGUUAGAAAUUUUCUGUAUCUAUCAUUGAAGGAAUGUAGAGUCAAGGUUAUUGAGACAGGGAGCGAAUAGUAACGCCAGAAAGAUGACUAGGAAAGGCAUUAUGAAAGGGAGUAUCCAUUUCCAUAUAGGGUUUUUGAAAAUCCAGGAAGGCCUCGCGUUCCUUGAAAUUCUGCAUGUCUGAUUGAAGCCCCUGGAUUUUAUUUCUCACUAUCCCCGAUUGGUUGACACAGAAACAGCAUUCUUCAUGGAGGAACAGGCAAACACCACCUUCUUUAGCUAUCAAGACAUCCAGCCUCCGUCGGUUCUGAAGCACCACAGCUGCCAAAGAAUUGAUCUGUUUCUGGAUAGUAAGCUUGGUUUCAGACAUUAUUUGAAAACCAUUGUUAAUCUUGUAAGUGAACUCAUUAUAUUGCAUCAUGAAAGUCGUUAUCCCUGCAACCCCAGUGCCAGCACCUAUGGCUAUUCCGGUAGUGACCAAGAGUGGCACGACCUGAACUGCCCUCUUGUGUUGGGCAGCUGUCAUAUCUACAGCUGGGACUGGCAGGGCUUGUCUCCCUGGAUCUCUCCUCGUUCAGGGAAAAGGAGCACCAGCGUGCAAACUCCUGACAGCUGGCAGGUAGGCGAUGAUAUGCCUGAGUGCCACAGAGAAUUGAUGUGUUUUGGACUUCAGAGCACUGUGGCACAGAUGAGGUAUCAAGAGUUGUGGUUCUAUUGCAAUGUAGGGAGACUAGCGUUUCUAUAGAACAUGUCCCGGAUGUCUUAACACAGUUUGCCAUGCCAAAAAGCGGGAUAGAGAAAAGGUAUGGAGUCAUGGCAACAUCAUAGUCAGGGCAGCUGACAAAAGGUGAGGUGAGGUUAUUGGGCAGUAUCACUGGAGAGACUGUAAGUGGCAGCUGUGAGUUAGUUCCUGGGUACACAUAGCCAGCAGUCUUUAAAUCGGCUAUGUUGGGUGACAUUAAGGAGUUGGUACGCCAAAGUCAGGAUCUGAAGCAAAAGGUGAAAUGACAAGUUAGUGCUGUUUAUGAUGGCAGGACCUCGGAGGAGUGUUUGAUUAUUCCCCCUACUUUUCUGGUAUCUAGAGGUUGGGCAGUUGAGACAUAUGUUCUCUGAAUACGGUACUUAUUGGCUUUUAUGGUAGAGUUUACCAACAAUUUUUGUCUCCAAUCUGGGAUUCUAUGGGUCUUGUAUGUAGAAAAAGAGUGUCUUGUGUAGAAGAAGUGAUUGGUCCGUGAUCCUAGCAUAUGUAUCUGACAAGACCGAUAGGGACAGCCCCCAUAUUUGUUUGGCCAUUUUUUAUACUCAUCUUUUGUCUGGUCAAAGAGAAAGCAAGUAAAGAGAUGAUAGUACUUAGAUGGGAUAACCGAUACAGGGAUGACAGCAGUGUGGAUCAGUUCCUGGCAUCCAGCCAUGGAGCAGUUUCCAGAUCCUAUUUGGAAAAACUGUUUGUUGUCUUGUAGGGGUUUCUUGAAUGUUGAGUCUCCAGAUGUAAGGGCUACCCUGGAUGAAAACAAACAGCAGGGGGAGGAUGAGAAGCCCGUGUCUAAUCCAGUGGGGUUGAGAAUAGCACAUGGAGUGGAGUCUCAUUUUCUGGAAUUGGGGACAAGAUGGGUGGUCUCAAUGUUUUCAGAGCUUAACAUGGUCCUAUUAGGGUUGACAUGUAUGAAGAAUGUUUAGGUGAAGGGGUAAAAGAUUUGAGGUGGGACAGGUGGGCCCAGUGAGAGUCCCUUGAGUUUAGCAGUUGUAGGUGUCACGAGAGUCACCUUAAAAGGGCCCUGCCACUUAGGAGAGAGGGAUGAGGGCCAAUGAUCUGGAGGGGAUAGAAGAACUUGGUCUCCAAUGUUGAUAGGCAAUGGACAAGGACAGUGAGCGGCCGAGGUAGAAGGUGGUCAGCAAAGUUCCGUAGGAGAGAACGAAGAUGGCAAAGCAAUGGGGUAUCAGCCUAGUGGUAAAACUGACCAAAAGUCAUGAACAAAACUACCUCCCCGGAGAAAGGCUGCUUCCUUCCCCUCCCUGUCGUCUCACCAUGAACAUGGUUCAAGGCAGCGCCUUCCUGGCCAAGCUGAUGAAGAGUGCCGACACCUUUGAGUUGAAGUACGACUUUUCAUGUGAGCUGUACCGCUUGUCCACAUAUUCAACUUUCCCUGCUGGAGUCCCUGUCUCAGAGAGGAGUCUGGCUCGUGCUGGCUUUUACUACACAGGUGUCAAUGACAAGGUCAAGUGCUUCUCCUGUGGCCUGAUGCUGGACAACUGGAAACAAGGGGACAGUCCCAUCGAGAAGCACAGAAAGCUGUAUCCCAGCUGCAGCUUUGUGCAGACCCUGAAUCCAGCCAACAGUCUGGAAGCUAGCCCUCAGCCUCCUCUUCCUUCCACAGCGACAAGCACCAUGCCCUCCGGCUUUGCAGCUUCCGAGAGCACUGGCUACUUCAGUGGCUCCUACUCAAGCUUUCCCUCAGACCCUGUGAACUUCCGCGCAAAUCAAGACUGCCCUGCUUUCAGCACAAGUCCCUACCACUUUGCAAUGAACACGGAGAAGGCCAGAUUACUCACCUAUCAAACGUGGCCGUUGUCUUUUCUGUCCCCAGCAGAGCUGGCCAAAGCAGGAUUCUACUACACAGGGCCUGGAGAUAGAGUGGCCUGCUUUGCGUGUGGUGGGAAACUGAGCAACUGGGAUCGUAAGGAUGAUCCUCUGUCAGAGCACAGGAGACAUUUCCCCAGCUGCCCAUUCUUAAAAGAUGUGGGUCAGUUCACUUCACAAUACACUGUCUCUAACCUGAGCAUGCAGACCCACGCAGCACGUGUUAGAACGUUCUCUACCUGGCCUUCUAGCGCUCUCGUUCAUCCUCAGGAACUUGCAAGUGCGGGCUUUUAUUACACGGGACACAGUGAUGACGUCAAGUGCUUUUGCUGUGAUGGUGGGCUAAGAUGCUGGGAAUCUGGAGACGACCCCUGGGUGGAACACGCCAAGUGGUUUCCAAGGUGUGAGUACUUGAUCAGAAUCAAAGGCCAAGAGUUCGUUGGCCAAGUUCAAGCUGGUUACCCUCAUCUACUUGAGCAGCUAUUAUCUACGUCAGACUCCCCAGAGGAUGAGACUGGAGAGGCAGCAAUUGUGCAUCUGGGCCCUGGAGAGAAUUGGGAAGAUGCAGUGAUGAUGAACACACCUGUGGUUAAAGCAGCCUUGGACAUGGGCUUCAGUAGGAGCCUGGUGAGACAGACGGUUCAGCGACAGAUCCUGGCCACUGGUGAGAACUACAGGACGGUCAGUGACCUCGUGAUAGGCCUACUGGAUGCAGAAGAUGAGAUGAGAGAGGAGCAGACGGAGCAGGAGGCCGAGGAGGAGGAGUCAGAUGAUCUAACAUUAAUCCGGAAGAACAAAAUGGUGCUUCUUCAACAUUUGACGCCUGUGACACCAAUCCUGGAUUGCCUCCUAAGUGCCAGGGUCAUUACCGAACAGGAGUACGAUGCCGUAAAACAGAAACCACACACCUUGCAGGCAAGGACACUGAUCGAUACUGUAUUAGCGAAAGGAAACACCGCAGCGACCUCAUUCAGAAACUCCCUGCAGGAAAUCGACCCUGGGUUGUACAGAGAUAUAUUUGUGCGACAGAACAUUAGGAGUCUUCCCACAGAUGACAUUGCAGCUCUACCGAUGGAAGAACAGUUGCGGAAACUCCAGGAAGAGAGAACGUGUAAAGUGUGUAUGGACCGAGAGGUGUCCCUCGUUUUCAUUCCCUGUGGCCAUCUGGUCGUGUGCAAAGAAUGUGCCCCCUCUCUGAGGAAGUGUCCCAUCUGCAGAGGGACUAUCAAGGGCACAGUGCGCACAUUUCUCUCCUGAACAGGACUGGACUGAUGGUCCACGGUUGUGACCCCAGCCAGGAGGAGCAGAAGUUCAAUGUCACUCCCAGCUCCAUAAGGAACUUGAGGCCGGCCUGGAUGACAUGAGACACUGCCUCUAAAUAGUGUAAAAAUGAAAAACAUGGGGAAAAAAAACCUUUUGUCUAAACUCAAAGAAUGGAUUACUUACAUAAUAAUUUUAAUUGGUUUCCUUAAAAGUGCUAUUUAUUCCCAACUCAGAGAACUGUUUUCAGUAAAGUAUUUUCAUACUAUCUGCAUCUAAAGCAUGUCUGUUUGUAUAUUCAGAUGCCAUGAGAGAGGGUUUCAUUCUUAUUCCCGAAACGCAGGUAUUACCUGGAGUCCUGAAAUUCUCAGAGAAGAUUUACAAUGUUGGCAUUUAUGAUUCAGAAACUAGAAUCUUCUCAAGUUGCUUUAAGAACUGGGAGCACAGAUUUCCAUGUGUUUUAUGUAUAGAAAUUCCCGUUAUUUAUUGGAUGACAUUUUAGGGAUAUGGAACUUUUAUAAAGAAUUCGUGAGGAAAAAUUAAUAAAGCAAUAAAAUUAAACUUUUUUAAAA